GUUAAUUAAUUCACAUCUCGUGUCCUUUCUUUCUUGUUACUUGCAUUUUCUUUAUAAUUUUAGCAGAUAGUUAUCCUAGAUCCUAGUUUAUAAACAUAUAUCGCACGUAAGCUUUUAUUGUAUGACAAUCUUGAGGCUCCUCUGAAAGAGCCGAGAGUAAGUACAAGGCACACGGUUUUCCAUGUUUCCCAGCGCGGGAACUGGUUAAUUUAUAAAUCAUGUUGUUAAUUACAUAUAUAAUAUUACAACACAUCUUCAUUCUUAUUUGCACUUCACGGCUGCAAUAGUGGCCACGCACAGCCAGAUGUCUCUUAUUGCAUUUAAGUUGUGCCUAUCUGUAUAAAUAACUUCAUAAUUCACAUGAUCAGCUCAGAAUCUGCUUUGUUCUUUAUGGUGAAAUCAAAGGAAUCUUUUUUUCCCUCUCUAUAAAUAUUAUCGACUUGCCGCCUUCAACUUGUAUGCCUAUUAAGCCCAUUAAUAUUAUAAUUAUUCUAGAGAGGAUAUGUUCAUUGAUAAGCGUAGUCAUGGUUGACUUAAUAAUAUUCCUGUGUCAAGAGGGAUAUAUCAGCUGAACGGCAGGCAGGCUCUAUAUAGAGUUGGGGCUGGUGUAAUGAGUUUAAUUUGAAGAUUGAGACGGAGAUAUUAUACAGAGAAAUACAGAAAGAUGGGGAAGAUCAGUCCAUGUGGCGCAGAGGAAGGAGAAGGCCUGAACAGAGGAGCGUGGACGGUUCAAGAGGACAAGUUACUCACUUCUUACAUUGAGACCCACGGCCAAGCCAAAUGGACACUCGUUCCUAAGAAAGCUGGCUUGAACAGAAGUGGAAAAAGUUGUAGGCUCAGAUGGUUGAACUAUCUCAGGCCUGAUAUUAAAAGAGGCGGUAUCACCCAGGAUGAAGAAGAACUCAUUAUCAGACUUCAUAAACUUCUUGGUAACAGGUGGUCUCUCAUAGCUGGAAGGCUACCUGGCCGAACGGACAAUGAAAUCAAGAACUACUGGAACACCACUCUGGCAAAGAAGUUAAGAGCACGGUCAUGUUCAAUGUCUGAACUAGAUGGAACCAUCAUAUCAACAGUAAAUAAUAAGCCUGGUGUCACUCAACCACGAGUAAUCCGUACCAAGGCUAGUAGAUGCAAGAACGUGAUGAUUCAAUAUCCCCGGAGUCCAAAGCAAAAAUCGCCAGCUUCAAAUGAGCCACAGAUUUAUGAAUCUCACCAAACCACUGAUCAGUUCUCAAACCAAUGUCAGGGUUCUGAUGCUUCAGAAGCUCAGCUUUCACAGGAAUAUCAGCUUCACGAAAAUCACAGUUCAUCAAAUGUGAAUUUAUGGAGCCCUGGAAUAAGAAAUGAGUUUCUAGAUCAACUAAAUGAAGCAGAAUUUUGCCCACGCUUUAACCUUGACGAACUUUUGGUCAGUUGGACCAGUAGUGGAAAACUCGAGGACAACAUCGCUAUGGAUCUAGAUAUAUCCCUCAUAGAUGGACCUGACUUUGUUUAGUUUGAACUAUAUGUCUGUUAAGACCGUGUAAACGACAUGAAUGAACAAUAAUGAGAGACUAGUUAAAAAUUCCACUUUUGGUCUUGCAAGUAAAACUGAUUAAAAGAAGUAGCCUCAUCA